AAGUCACACUCAAAGUCUCACACACACCAACCACUUCUUCUUCUUCUACAUAAAACCUAACGCCAUGGAUUCAGAUUUUGGAAUCCCCAGAGAACUCUCCCCUCUUCAGCAACUUCGAUCUCAGUACCACCCUGAGCUUCCUCCUUGUCUCCAGGGGACUACUGUCCGCGUUGAGCUUGGUGAUGGAACCACUGUGGCUGAGGCUGCUGAUUCACACACCAUGGCUCGCGCUUUCCCGCAUACCUUAGGCCAGCCUUUGGCUCACUUCCUCAGAGAAACUGCUCAAGUUGCUGAUGCACACAUCAUUUCUGAGCUUCCAUCAGUUAGAGUUGGAAUUGUGUUUUGUGGAAGGCAAGCUCCAGGUGGACAUAAUGUGAUCUGGGGUCUUUUCGAAGCUCUCAAGGUGCACAACGCAAAAAGCACUUUGCUAGGCUUUUUGGGUGGUUCCGAAGGACUAUUUGCACAAAAGACUCUGGAGAUUACAGAUGAUGUACUUCAGACUUACAAAAACCAAGGUGGUUAUGAUUUGCUCGGAAGAACUAAGGAUCAGAUCAAAACAACUGAGCAGGUUAACGCUGCACUCAAAGCUUGCACAGAUUUGAAGUUAGAUGGCCUUGUUAUUAUUGGAGGUGUAAUAUCAAACACAGAUGCAGCUCAUCUCGCUGAAUUUUUUGCUGCAGCAAAAUGCCCAACUAAGGUGGUUGGUGUUCCAGUUACUACGAAUGGAGAUCUCAAAAAUCAGUUUGUUGAGGCAAAUGUCGGUUUUGACACCAUAUGCAAGGUGAAUUCACAGCUCAUUAGCAAUGCCUGCACUGAUGCCCUUUCUGCAGAGAAGUAUUAUUAUUUCAUCCGUCUCAUGGGUCGGAAGCACUCUCAUGUUGCCCUUGAGUGUACACUCCAGUCUCAUCCAAACAUGGUGAUACUGGGAGAGGAGGUUGCAGCAUCUAAGCUCACGAUUUUUGACAUUGCAAAACAGAUCUGUGAUGCUGUUCAAGCAAGAGCAGUAGAAGACAAGAAUCAUGGAGUCAUCCUCAUUCCUGAAGGGCUUAUAGUGAGUAUUCCUGAAGUCUACGCUCUGUUAAAGGAAAUUCACGGGCUGCUGAGGCAGGGUGUAGCUGCUGAUAAGAUUUCUACUCAGCUCUCACCUUGGUCAUCUGCUUUGUUUGAAUUUCUUCCUCCAUUCAUUAAGAAACAGCUACUACUCCAUCCUGAGUCUGAUGAUUCUGCUCAGCUAUCCCAGAUUGAGACGGAGAAACUUCUUGCGUAUCUCGUGGAGACUGAAAUGAACAAGCGCUUGAAAGAAGGCACAUACAAGGGUAAGAAAUUCAUUGCCAUAUGUCACUUUUUUGGUUACCAAGCUCGUGGAUCUCUUCCAUCAAAAUUCGAUUGUGAUUACGCCUACGUUCUUGGACAUAUAUGUUAUCACGCCCUCGCAGCUGGUCUGAAUGGUUACAUGGCAACUGUAACCAACCUAAAAAGUCCUGUAAACAAGUGGAAAUGUGGUGCUGCACCUAUUACAGCGAUGAUGUCGGUGAAGCAUUGGUCCCAGGAUGCUAGUUAUACUUUAACUUCAAUUGGUAGACCUGCAAUUCAUCCAGCUAUGGUGGAUUUGAAAGGCAAAGCAUACGACCUUUUGAGACAGAAUUCACAAAAAUUCUUGAUGGAAGAUCUGUACAGAAACCCAGGACCGCUUCAGUACGAUGGUCCUGGUGCGGAUGCUAAAGCAGUGAGUCUCUGUGUUGAAGAUCAAGAUUACAUGGGACGUAUCAAGAAGCUGCAGGAAUAUCUAGACCAGGUGAGGAAGAUAGUGAAACCAGGAUGUUCUCAAGACGUAUUGAAGGCAGCACUGAGUGUGAUGGCUUCGGUGACUGAUGUUCUCACUACUAUUUCUUCUACUGGUGGUCAAUGAUGUGCUUAAAAGAUAGAGAGUCAAAACUCUUAUAAUCAAUUCUCUCAUGAGCU